CCUCACUUCACUCGUUCAAUGACAAAUUUCUCACCGCCGAUAACUAUCGAAAUAUUCAAGCUUGCACCCGAUAAAGUGCUUCAACUCUCCAAACAAAGUGGUGGCAUUCUCAACUUGUAUGCUGUCAUGUUGCGUCGCCUUGGCUUGAGCCAUGGUGUCCAAUGGCGUGCAACAUCUCGCCUGGCACCGGUCCGAACAGGCUCAAGACCAAGCCCUUUUUUCGGCCAGAGACCCAUCCAGCGGUGUCAUGGGACUUUUAUAUCCAAAGGCCCACCACGCACGGUCAAGUCUCUGGUCUCCAGCAUGUACGGGGGCAUUCUAUUUGGUGCUAUCUACGUGUCCAUCGGCCUCUUAGUCGUAUCAGAGCCAGAUCUCGACUUUCAGGGCAGACAACAACUCGGUGUAGACAUUGUUCAGAGCCUCACACAGGAAAAGGACCAGGAAACCCGCCACCAGCGUUUCUGGGAAAUCGGCCCAGUUAUCCUCGAGUCUCACAGCGGGUUCCCAGUAACGCAGCACGGCGCGCUACCGCUCGAUUCUAAAUCAGAGUGGCGGAAUCAGAUCGAGACCCAGGUGUUCUCGGCGCCGGACCCGGAUGACCGCGAGAAGAACUUUGUCGUGUGUCAAGUCUACUUUAAGGAGCCACAGGAUUUGGAGUUUUAUGUCUCCGUGUAUGGGAAUUUGUUGACGGACGUGACGGAGGAUAUCAUUCCUACUUAUGAAAACACUGCUAAAGCUCUGAAUGUGAAUCGCGGGGUUUUACUGCUUUUGGCUCCGAAUGGUGACUGGAAGAGUAUUUAUUAUGAUGGGAAGAGGUAUGUGAGUGUGGUGUUUUUGGAGUGGCAGACGGCGGAGAGCAUGGGGCUUCCAUGUAGGUGACAGAUAUUUAGGUGAUGGGUAGGGGGUAUUUUACAGCUGGACGGCGCUUAGAGGGCUGUUAUUGACAAAGUCUGGCUGAUAUGGCCGCGAACAUAGGCAUGGAGGGCAUAAUUCUGUACAGGCUUGAGUCUACUCGUAAGGUUCUAUAACGUACGAAUCGUCAUGAACAGAUUGCCAUUGGUCGGAUAAGUUUUUUUUUCAUAAGUAAAGUCUAACAUAUACCGC